UCCGUUUCCGGUUCUCUUUCGUCCAGCAGCACAGCAGAGGGAGGAAGAUGGCGGCGGCCCAGUCCGACAGAGACCCACCGUUUCUUCUAGGUUCUGAGUUCCUGAACUUCUCCGCCAAAGACACCGCGUUGCGAUGGCUGGUGUCGGCCAACCUACAGCAGGAGGUGUACCAUCACCUUGCUGUGUAUGUACCCAGGAUCCUUUGCCUGGGGCCCAGUGGAGGGAGCAGCAGGGAGGAGCAGAAGGAGGAGCAGAGGGAGGAUCUGGUCUCUCAGAUGCUCCUCCUGGCUCCUUUGGAGUGGCUCCUGCUGGGUGAGGAGCCGGCCUCAGGCCUGGCUCUCCUUCAGGAGAACAACCAGCCAUCACCUCUGUGUGGACACGUGUUCAAGGUGGGAGAGCCCACCUACUCCUGCAGGGAGUGUGCAGCUGAUCCGACCUGUGUGCUGUGCAUGAAGUGUUUCCUGGAGAGUAUUCACAAAGAACAUCGGUAUAGGAUGACUACGUCAGGUGGUGGAGGCUUUUGUGACUGUGGAGAUGCUGAAGCCUGGAAGAAAGGUCCAUACUGCCAGAAACACAAGCCUACCGAAACCAACAGAGACACAGAGGAGGAUCCUGUAUCUGUGCUGCCUGCUGAUAUGGUCGCUCGUGGUUUCAGCAUCUUUUCAAUCCUCCUCAAGUACGCUGUGGACAUGCUGACCUGGGAUCAGGAGAACCAACUACCUGAAGGGCUGGAGCCACCGGCCAGAGAAGACACCUACUACUGCAUGUUGUUUAACGAUGAAGUGCACACAUAUGAACAGGUCAUCUACACGCUGCAGAAAGCCGUCAACUGCAGCCAGAAAGAAGCCGUCAGCUUUGCCACCACCGUGGACAGAGACGGCAGGAAGUCAGUUCGCUAUGGAGACUUCCAGUUCUGUGACCAAGCCAAGUCUGUUAUAGUGAGGAACACCAGUCGUCAGUCCAAGCCUCUCAGGGUGGAGGUGAUGCACUCAUCUGUUGUUGCUCACCAGUGUUUUGCUCUGAGGGCUCUAAGCUGGUUGGGUCAGAUUAUUCAGUACUCUGACGGCCUGAGGAGGAUUCUGUGUGAGGUCGGCCUGCAGAAAGGUCCAGAAGGAGAGUACUCGUCUCUGGUGGACAAACUGAUGCUCAAUGACUCAAAGAUGUGGAAAGGAGGAAGGAACAUCUACCACCAGCUGCUGAUGAACAGCCUCCUCAUGGACUUCAAAUACAAGAAGGUCUUUGCCAUCCAGUUUGCCAAGAACUACAGACGCCUUCAGACAGAUUUUAUGGAGGACGACCACGAGCGAGUGGUGUCAGUGACGUCACUGUCUGUUCAGCUCUUCACCGUCCCAACCAUGGCCCGGAUGCUGAUGGUAGAGGAGAACCUUAUGACCACCAUCAUCAGGACCUUUGUUGAUCACCUCCGUCACCGAGACCUGCAAGGACGCUUCCAGUUUGACCGCUACACCGCCCAGCAGGCCUUCAAGUUCGGACGAGUCCAGAGCCUCAUCGGAGACCUCAAGUACGUUCUCAUCAGUCAUCCGUCUGAGUGGAGCGAACAGCUCAGACUGAAGUUUCUGGAAGGUUUGGAUGCUUUUCUGGAGCUGCUCAAGUGUAUGCAGGGUAUGGACCCCGUGGUGAGACAGGUGGGGCAGCACAUAGAGAUGGAGCCUGAGUGGGAGGCAGCAUUCACUCUGCAAAUGAAACUGACUCACAUCAUUUCCAUGAUCCAAGAGUGGUGCUCCACUGAUGAGCGAGUGCUGAUUGAGGCGUACAGGAAGUGCCUGGGCGCGCUCAGUCAGUGUCACAGUGGCCUUCCAGACGGCGAGCAGCCAAUCAGCUUGAGUCUGGCCAGUCACUGUGUGGAGACCUUCAGGUACCAGGUGUCUCAGGACAAGGUAUCCAUACACCUUCCUGUCUGCAGACUGCUCGCAGGUAAACCCACUGUGACACAAUCUGUAACACACACCGUGAGACCCACUAUGACACACACACAGUAA